AUGGGGUCUCCUCGUUGGCUCACAUUUUUGGCCCAUUUGAUUUUUCUGCAACAGUUCCGUUUCUCGGCGCGUGCGCUGCUGAACCCCGUCGAUUUUCUGGCGCUGCAAUCAAUUAGACGGGGCCUAAGCGAUUUACCCGGGUCGGGUUAUUUCUCCACCUGGGAUUUCACAGCGGAGCCCUGCGACUUCUCCGGCGUCUACUGCGACGGCGACAGGGUGAUCGCCCUCAACCUCGGCGACCCGCGGGCGGGCUCCCCGGGGCUGACGGGCCGGAUCGACCCGGCCGUCGGCAGGCUCUCUGCUCUGGCGGAGCUAACUAUCGUCCCCGGCCGGGUCACGGGUCCCCUGCCCGAAACCAUUUCCCAGCUCAAGCUCUUGAGGUUUCUCGCCGUCAGUCGAAACUUCAUCUCCGGCGAGAUCCCGUCCGGUUUGGGCGAGCUCCGGGGGCUUCAAACCCUCGACCUGAGCUUCAACCAGUUCACCGGCGCCAUCCCGAUUUCCGUCGGAAGUUUGCCGGCGCUAUCCAACGUCGUUCUCAGCCACAACCACCUCACCGGCCGGGUCCCGCCGUUUGCUUCGCAAACCCUGACCCGGCUCGAGCUGAAGCACAACAAUCUCUCCGGUUCGCUUCCGGUUCCCGGGCUCCCUCCGUCGGUUCAGUAUCUUUCUUUGUCAUGGAACCUCCUGACCGGCCCAUUGGGCCAGGCCUUGUCCGGUCUGACCCAGCUGAACUACAUAGAUCUGAGUAUGAACCGGUUCACCGGCCCAAUCCCGAUAUAUCUCUUUACUUUCCCCAUCAACAACCUCCAGCUGCAGAGAAACCAGUUUUCCGGCCCGGUUCAGCCGGCCGGCCAGGUGUCCAUCCCGACCGUCGAUCUGAGCUACAACAGGCUUUCCGGAGAGAUAUCUCCAAUGUUCUCGACGGUCGAGAAUCUGUACCUGAACAACAACCGGUUUAUUGGGCGGGUCCCGGCUAGCAUAGUGGACCGGCUGCUGGCCGCCAAUAUUCAGACGCUUUAUCUGCAGCAUAAUUACUUGAGCGGGAUUGGGAUUAAUCCGACGGUGGAGAUUCCUCUGAGCUCGUCGUUGUGUCUGCAGUAUAAUUGCAUGGUCCUGCCCGUACAGACGCCCUGCCCGCUCAAGGCCGGCCCGGAUAAAUCCAGGCCUUCGUCACAAUGCAUAGAGUGGAAAGGGUAA